AUGGAUGUCGAAACAAACCAAUCCCAGACGCAAGUCAAUCCCGAGCAAUUCAAACUGGAAGCUCGAGAACGCUCGACAGAGAUUCUGUCCGGAUGGGCAAAGUUGCAAGGAAUUCUAAUUUCAUACGAGCCGCUGAUUCGAAAACGAUGGAUGAAAAAAUCAAAAGCACAACGCACCACCAUAUUAACGAAAGCAUAUCCUGAGAUAUCUAAAAAGCAUCGACCAGACAUCGAAGCUUAUUGUGAUGAGAGUGACGCAGGCAUAGAAGGUGUUACGAAGGGUGAAUCUUUACUUCUACUUCUCGAUACCAGAGGUUGGAAUCACCCACGUUGCUUCGAGCAUGCGGAUCGCCAAUCUAUCCAACUAGGCAUUACUAGCAGGACUAUCUUACCUGUUUUUCUCCCGCACUAUACUAUGUCGUUCGCAGGCGAGACACCAGAAACUUUCGGAUGUCUCAUACCUUGGCAUUCCUGGGGUCUCCAAACUACAGAGAACGUGGAAAAAGGUCUUGCAACCCUACCUGGCAUGGGAUUGUUGACCUUGGAAAUUCAGCAGAAGCUUGUGGUAUUUCUAGUCCGACUUUGUGAAACGAUUCUCCACGACUUAGAUAUGACAUCACUGACAACCUUGGGAACGCUUCCACGAGAUCUAUCCCCGCCGACAGAAAAGUCCGAGUGGCCUUCAUUGGCACAUCUUUGCGCGGAAGCACCUUAUCGACUUCCUACUCUGCUAACCUUUGAUCGAUUGAAACAAUUAGUGGACGCCAAGAUAACCAGUGUGGAGCACUAUAUCUGGGACAUUCGUGAAGACCCUGCAGCGUUUGUGGAUGCUUUGAUGGAUGAAAGAGAGCACCGAUACGAAAGUGUGCAAGAUAGGCUGGGAGCUACUCAUUUCGACUUGAAUACACUGAAAUUCUGGGGACAAGUCAUCAAGUCCGUCAUUUACGAGGCUCAGUCGGAUCUCAUAUUGUGGAAUUUCCUUGGAAAACAGCUUGACCUUUUAGCUGUCUUGCAGGAAAAGUACUCAGCCGGCAUAGAUCCACAGAAACAUCUGCCGGCGGACUACCUCAAAGCAAUACUCAAGCUUAGGUACUGCUUGGAUCACACAAAAGGUUGGCUGAUUUUCAGGGUAACUGCGGGUGUUCCAUGUGAGCCUGCGUAUCGAUCUAUGUUCUAUCGACGAGCCGAAUACGCCGACAAUGUUCCUCCAGAAUUUAGUUUUCAAAGAAGACACGGAAAAUCCGAGGAUACAAAUGAGCUCUUAGAUAUCGUCAACGAUAUUUGGUCACUAAAGGCAAUUAAAACUCUAGGCCUAUAUACUGUGUUUGAUGAGCUCGAUCAUUUUAUUGAGGGGCAUCCGAAGGAAAAAGCUAAACUCUCCUCCUGGAUCAUGAAUAGAUUUUCCGACCUCGGUAUCUUGGCGCACUUGAUCAAUGAGGUUAACAAUUACUUCCCAUGGUCUCUUACCUUCGAAGUGGAAGAAAAGAAAUAUACCCAUGAUUUCGCCAAAGACCUGGCUAAUGUAGAAAUACCAUUGAAGAAGUUUGAGGAUGCCAUUGAGGCGAUAACUGCAUCUCCACGAGUCAUCGAUCUUGGCACGCCAACUUCGGGAAUAUUCGAUUACCCUUGUAAACAGAGGCGAACGAAGACCACCACGGAAAAGAUGCGUAAAGCAGAAAAGUCGUUGGAUGCAUUCUGGCAGAAAAUCGAUCAUGACCUUCGAAAGGCAACGGGGACAUCUCUUCGUCAGAGAGUGCAAGAGAUCUGCGGCGGAAUUCGCGAGCUGGAGAGAACUCCCGAGUGGAUUGAACAGCCCAAGGCACCCAAACAAGCCCACAGACCGAACCUUCUUCCAUCCCAGAAUUCGGCUCCGAUAAUCAACCCAGCAAAUUCGUAG